CAGAAGACAGGUGGAGAGGGAGAGAUAUAGAGAGAAGCAGAGAGACAGAUAGAAAAUAGGGAUUACAUAUUUGUGAGAAUAUUUCAUAUUUGCUAGAGAGGUAAUAGAGAUCAAAUCUGUAGAUGGAUUUUAGUAAAUCUCCUUUGUAUGGUAUAUACUGUACUCUUCAAGUUGGGCCUUGAGAGGUUCUUUGAUUUCUCUGCAAACUUCAUCUGGCUUACAAACACCUCCACAACUGAGCAACAAUGCAGCAAAUCUGGCUUUCUCUAUUGUGUGGCUUUUGCCUUCGCCUGGUUAUCUUUUGCAGGGCCGAGGAAGGUCUUGAAUUCCCUAAUUUUGACGGGAAGGACAGGGUGCUGGACAUCAGCGAGCGCAACUACAAGAAGGCUUUGAAAAGAUACGACCUGCUGUGCCUGUUCUACCAUGAACCACUGCCUGCAAACAAGGGCCUGCAGAAGCGGUUCCAGAUGACAGAGCUGGUGCUGGAGCUCACAGCUCAGGUCCUGGAGAACAAAGACAUCGGUUUUGGGAUGGUGGACUCCCAGAAGGAUGCCAAAGUAGCCAAAAAACUGGGUCUGGAGGAGGUGGGCAGCUUGUACGUCUUUAAGGACGACCGUGUCAUUGAGUUCGAUGGGGAGCUCUCAGCAGACACACUGGUGGAGUUUCUGUUGGAUGUGCUGGAGGACCCAGUGGAAAUGCUCAACAACGCCAUGGAGCUGCAAGCCUUUGAGAGGAUGGAGGAAGACAUCCGCCUCAUUGGCUACUUCAAGGGAGAAGAUUCCUACUACAAAUCUUUCCAGGAGGCCUCAGAGCGUUUUCAACCUUACAUCAAGUUCUUUGCUACAUUUGAUAAAUCUGUAGCCAAACACCUCUCCCUCAAGAUGAACGAAGUGAAUUUUUAUGAGCCCUUCAUGGAAGAGCCAGCCAUCCUGCCUGGCAGACCUCUGUCUGAGAUGGAUAUUGUCGAAUUUGUCAACCAACAUAGAAGGGCUACUUUGAGGAAGCUCCGGGCAGAGAAUAUGUUUGAAACAUGGGAGGACGACAUGGAUGGAAUCCAUAUUGUUGCAUUUGCCGAGGAGGAAGACCCAGAUGGCUAUGAGUUCCUGGAGAUCCUGAAAGACGUGGCCAGAGACAACACCAACAACCCAGAGCUCAGCAUCGUCUGGAUCGACCCUGAUGACUUCCCUCUGCUAACCACUUACUGGGAAAAAACGUUCAAGUUGGACCUGUUUAGACCUCAGAUUGGUGUGGUCAAUGUCACAGAUGCGGACAGCGUGUGGCUGGACAUGUCCAACGAUGAGGACCUGCCCACCCCUGAGGAGCUGGAGGACUGGAUAGAGGACGUCCUGUCUGGGAGGGUGAACACGGAGGAUGAUGACGAGUCUGCCGACGACCUGGAAGACCCUGACGGCUAUGUUCCAGCGGACAGCUACGAAAGUCACGACCCAGAUGAGGAAGAUGAUAAUGAUGACUAACUGAAAUGUCAAGGGUUGGUGUCCUGGCAGUUCACACCUGGGUCAAAAUACUGAACUUGCUUGGCACAUUAGAGCCACAUUACUGAUACGUUCUCUCUCUUUUUUUCCAAAUCAUUUUAAAAGAAGUAACAUUUAAAGGAAACGUAUGGUGUUGCAAAAAGAGAUUCUUUGUAGAUUUUGGUUUUAAUAGUUAAGCAGAUGUAACAGAACAGUUUAAAAGGUCAUCAUGGGAAAUUUGUGGCCCAGUUUAUAAUAUGUUAGCACAGUGCCUGAAGCAGUAAUUCUCCUGUACUUCCCAAGGAUCAAGAUAUCAGCAUACUGAAGCUUCUGUGUCGCAUACUGUACACAUGUAAGUUAAAGCUCUAUUUAUAGAUUUUGGCCAUUUUGAGGGCAACGCAACAAACUUUAAACACUGACAUUUAAUCAACCUUUAAGUUGCUAUGGCUUCCAAAGUUCCUAUUUGAACAUCCAGCUGACAUGGAGCACCA